CUUUCGUCAGAGUUCAGUAGAAACGUUCUCAAGACCAAGAUGAAAUCUGUUAUCGCAAUACUCGCUUUCGUUGUGGCCUUUGCCGCAGCCGAGCAAGAUCCUUGCAUUUGCACUAAGAUAUACAACCCAGUAUGCGGCAGCGAUGGCGUAACCUAUGGCAACCCCUGCAUGCUGAGAUGUCACCAGGCAACUAGAGACGCAUCCGUCCUCCUCUACUACUACGGCUCCUGCGAUGAGCCCCAUACCUGCCCUUGUCACUUAAAUUGGGCACCUGUAUGCGGUAGCAACGGAAAAUCCUAUGGUAAUCUUUGCGGUUUGGAAUGCGACCAGCAGGUGGAUUCCGAUCUGCAGCUCGUCCACCAAGGAUUAUGCAUUGAAUCGAGGAAUUCGGAUUGUUCAUGCUCCGACGUCGAAUUCCCAGUGUGCGGAAGUAACGGUGUCACCUACGACAAUCCGUGCCUGCUGAAAUGCGCCAAAAGAUCCGACCCUUCCAUCGAGCUUGUCAAAUUGGGCAAGUGCGUAGCCUCGAGGGAUUCCAGAGCUGCUGGCUGCAACUGCCACAACCGAUACGAACCAAUGUGCGGCAGCGAUUUCGUCACCUACCACAACGCCUGCCAGUUCGACUGCAUCAAUAAAUACAAUCCGGGUGUCUUUCUGUUGUCAAUCGGCAUUUGCUGGUAACUGUCACAUCUAACGAAUGAAAUACAUAUGCCUAUCAAUUGAAAA